GGGGCGUGUGCGCGCUGACCAUAGACAAAGCUCUGCCAGAGGAUGAAGGCCAGUAUAAAUGCCGAGCUGAGAACCCUGCGGGCCGGGCGGAGUGCUGCUGUAUGGUCCUGGUGGACGACCUGCAUCAGGAUUCUCCAGCUGACAGGAAGAACAAGAAGACGACUGCGACCUCAGAGAGUGAAGCCCGGAUAAAGAAACCCACCGCGAAGACUCCUCCAAAACAAGCACUGCCACCUCAGAUUCUUCAGUUCCCAGAGGACAUGAAGAUCCUGGCAGGAGGUCAAGUGGAGAUCAUCUGUAAGUUCUCAGGAGCUCCGCCCAUCAGCUGCACCUGGCUCAAGUUCAGGAAGCCAAUCCAGCCUGGUUGGGCAGGUGUCUCCAUCGAGACCACAGACAGCAGCAGUAAGCUGACCAUCGGCAGCAGUCAGCAGGACCACUGCGGCUGCUACACCAUCGAGCUGAAGAACAGCUACGGUCUCCGCCAGGCUGCCCUCAAUCUCACGGUCGUCGACAAACCAGAUCCCCCAGCAAAGGUUCCUGCAGCAUCUGACAUCCGGAGAUCAAGUUUGACACUGUCAUGGUAUGGGCCAACCUACGAUGGCGGUAGUGCUGUGCAGUCCUACAUCCUGGAGAUCUGGAACUCUGUCGAGCAGCAGUGGAAGCACCUCGUAUCUUGCAACAGUACUUCCUACAACAUACAGAACCUUCUUCCAGAGCGUCAGUAUAAGUUUCGUGUUCGAGCAGAAAAUGUGUACGGUGUUGGAGAGCCAAGUGCUGAAUCAGAGCCUGUCACUGUUGGACUGGUUGAUGAUGAUGAGAAACAAGAGGAGGCUGAGGCUGAGGAAGAUGAUGAAGAUAUGGAGAAGGAGCCGGACUACAGGGACGUCAAGAUCAGGACAGACAUUAAGGUGAAGGAGCUAUACGACGUGGAGGAGAGGCUGGGAACGGGGAAGUUUGGUCAGGUCUUUAAGCUGGUGGAGAAGGCUACAAAGAAGGUUUGGGCAGGGAAGUUCAUCAAGGCAUACUCGGCCAAGGAGAAGGAGAAUGUGCGGUGGGAGAUCGGCAUCAUGAACAGCCUUCACCACCCAAAACUCGUCCAGUGCAUCGACGCCUUUGAGGGCAAGUCUGACAUCGUCAUGGUCUUGGAAAUGAUUUCAGGUGGUGAGCUGUUUGAACGAAUCAUUGACGAGGACUUUGAACUGACAGAGCGGGAGGUGAUCAAAUACAUGCUGCAGAUUAUAGAUGGAGUCAAUUUCAUCCACAAGCAGGGCAUCGUCCACCUCGACCUGAAACCUGAAAACAUCAUGUGCAUCAACAAGACCGGCAGCAAGAUCAAACUCAUCGACUUUGGCCUCGCCAGAAGACUCGAAACUGCAGGAACUCUCAAGGUUUUAUUUGGGACUCCAGAGUUUGUGGCUCCUGAAGUGAUCAACUAUGAAGCCAUUAGUUACCCUACCGACAUGUGGAGCAUCGGAGUCAUCUGUUACAUCCUGUUGAGUGGUCUGUCUCCCUUCAUGGGUGAUAAUGAUAACGAGACCCUGUCCAACGUUACCUCAGCCUCCUGGGACUUUGAGGAUGAGGCCUUCGAUGAAAUUUCAGAUAAUGCCAAAGACUUUAUUAUGAACCUGCUGAAGAAAGACAUGAAGGCCCGUCUGACCUGUGCUCAGUGUUUUGAACAUUCCUGGCUCAAACAGGAUACGAACACCAUGAAGGCCAAGAAGCUCUCCAAGGAGAGAAUGAAGACAUACAUCCUGAGGCGCAAAUGGCAGAAAAUGGGUCACGCUGUUCGAGCCAUUGGCAGACUGUCAUCCAUGGCCAUGAUGGCAGGAGUCAGUGCCAAGAAGGGGUCGCCCACAGAAGAUGAUAAUCAGUUCCUUGAGUGUUUGGAGUAUGAGCAGAAGGUGGAAUCAAAGCCCAGCUUCAGCCUCGUUAUCAAAGAUGUAGAGGUGGUGGAAGGCAGCGCUGCCCGAUUCGACUGCAAGAUAGAAGGGUACCCGGACCCAGAGGUGCUUUGGUACAAAGAUGAGCAGCCAAUCAAGGAGACCCGCCACUUCCAGAUUGACUAUGAUGAAGAUGGGAACUGCAGUCUGGUUAUUUCUGAGGUGUCAGGAGACGAUGACGCCAAAUACACUGUGAAGGCGGUCAACAGUCUGGGGGAAGCAACCUGCACCGCCGAGCUGCUGGUGGAGGUGAUGGGCGAGGAGGAGGAGGAGUAACACAGCGUCUGCAGGAGGAGGCGGAGCUCCCUGGAAUUCAAAUUAAAAAACAAAAACUGUCCAGACUCACGCUCCCACGGCGCGGCGGCGGGCUCGUGGCAGCUGUAGUUACAGACUGGAAGCGGACGGAGCAUUUCCUUUCACAUCACCGACCUCUGACCCAGCUGCCGUGCACACGACGCACUGAACCCCGCAGCGGCUCAUCAGACCUCCUGAGGAGACGUCACAGACAGAUGUCCACUAGAGGUCACUAGUCCACGGCUCACCUUCUGUCAGCCAUAAAACUAAAGUAAUAGUUCAAAAACUUUAACUGUCAAAGUGUCUUGAAGACUGGCUUUUUCUACAAGUUAGCAUGAGCUAACCAGCAUGUGCAGGGUUGCUGAGCUCUUAUAUCUUUCAGCCAGCUAACGUUAGCAAGUGAAGCAGCAGGAAUUGUCACUAAAGUGCUUUUAAAAGU